AUGAUUAGCAUGAGCUCAGUUACUCCUCAAUAUGAGAAGCCAAGAAGAAGGAGAUAGUUUAAAGAAAUGAAAUUAUUUGAAUUCGAUUAAACAUAAGAAGAAACUUUAAAAUUACUUGAAGAAGUUAGAAAUCACAGUGCUAAAUAAUUCGAUUAUAUAAUGGAUGUAGGGAAUGAAAUAUCAAAGCAUGCGAAAAAUGAAGAUUUAGAAGCUUUGUAAGAAGUAGUUAAUAGGAAUAUAGACAUUCUGCAUCUGUUACGUAUGCAUAUUGAGGAAACUUUUGAAUAAGUUUUACAAUUUCGCUUUGAUGAUAUUCUUGAAUAUUUUCUUGAAAAUGGAUUUAAUAUAAAAGAUGAUUUCUAAGAUUGCCUUAUAGAUUUAUGCAUAACAAGCAGAUUUUUUGCAAGUGAUCCUCCUACAACAACUUUAAGAUUAUUAAUUAAAUAUGGAGCAGAUGUUGAUGCAUUAGAAAAAGAUAGAUAUAGGACAGCCAUGCAUUAUGCAGCAAAAUACGGUAUUCUUGAAUUCGUCAAAGUCCUUCUUGAAUAUAAAGCUGAAGUUGAUCCUAUCGAUUUUAAAAAGAGAACUCCUUUGAAUUAUGCAAUGAAGAAAAAGAAUUUAGGAAGCGAAUAUAAAAAAAUAUGUGAACUCUUAGAAUAAAAAGGUGGAACAACUAAAUGGAACUAAUAUGUUACUGAUAAUAAUGUUUAUUGA